GUUUUACUACUUCAGCAGUCAGAGACUACCUUACCAGCAGACUACAAAGCAUCUACUAACAGGCUACUACUGUACUAGUACAUAUCUACUACAACUCUAUUAUUUAUAAGGAGCCAUGGUGAAACGUGUAGCUGUAGUUCUGUCAGGGUGUGGGGUCUACGACGGGACUGAGGUCCACGAGGCAUCAGCUGUGCUGGUCCACCUCAGCAGGGCUGGAGCUGAGGUCAAGAUGUUUGCCCCUAACGUGGACCAGAUGCAUGUAGUGAACCACUGUGAAGGGAAACCCACAGCAGAGAAACGCAACGUGCUACAGGAGAGUGCUCGUAUCGCCCGUGGAGACGUGUCUGACCUCAUCAAGCUGGACGUCACUGCCUUCAACGCUCUGGUCAUCCCAGGUGGUUUUGGUGUGGCUAAGAACCUGUCUGACUGGGCAGUGAAGGGGAAGGACUUCCAGGUGAUGCCACAGGUGGAGAAGGUUAUUAAGGGGUUCCAUGCAGCAGGUAAACCCCUGGCCUUGUGCUGUAUCUCCCCAGUACUGGCGGCCAGAGCUCUGCCGGGUUGUGAGAUCACCGUCGGACACGACGUAGAGUGUAAAAGUUGGCCACAUGCCCAGACUGCCACCGCCUUGAAGGAGCUGGGCUGUAAACAUGUGAACAAGGGUGUAGGGGAGGUCCACAUCGAUGUGAAGAACAAGCUGGUCACCACCUCCGCCUUCAUGUGCAAUGCUUCGGUGCACGAGGUGUUUGAUGGGUUGGGUGUCAUGGUUACAGAGCUUCUCAAAAUGGCCUAGGACACAUCUGGGAAUGGGUUAGUGUGUUGGUUCCCAGGCGGCCCCCUAUUCUCUGGAGGGGUUCUGGCUCCUGGUCAAAAGGAGGGCACUACCAAGGGAAUUGGGUGCUAUUUGGACAACAUAUUGUAAUCUUGUUUGUUGUUGUUAAUAUUUGUUGUUAACCUCAUGACGAUUGUGAUUUGAUUUUGUUUUAUUACAUGUUAUGUGCUUUGUGAUUGCUGUUGAUCUUAAACAAAUAAAGACUAAAUAAUACA